UGCUUCCGGAUUUCAACAAUCAUCUCCAAUCAGCUCAUAAAAUCAACAUCCCGCACCUUUGGGCUCUGAUACGGUUCCAUGAAGUGCCAGUGAGUUGGUGUCCAUUGAGUUUCGUUUUUCCGCUCAACACAAAGCUCGCCGCAGUUAUGGCAAUGCGUGCUCUUAUUGGUCUAUUUCUCGUUGCGGCCUUCUUCGUACAGCGAUGCAAGGCAGAAUCGACAACUCCAAUUCCAAUGCCAGAAGAAGAAGAUGAGCUACCUGCGCGGUUUCGCUCUAGAGUCGUCAGGUCCGCUUCUGAGGAGAAAUCAAAGGAAGACUCCUCUGAGGAGUGCGGCCCUCCACAGCACCACCAUCCCCACCCUCAUAAGCCUCCACCAGAGUGCUGUAAAGGUUUACCGAGGCCGUGCAACCCAACUGAGGACAAGAAAGCAUGGGACACGUGUGUAAAUAAACUUUCGAAGAAAAAUCCAACAACCCCUCAACCGACAACCCAAGCAAAUGGUGGUAAACCAGGCCAUGGUCCGAUGCAUGGGAUUGAUAAACAGUGUAUGGUAGAGUGCGUCUACAACGAAACUGGACUCCUGACACCUGACAUGAAGCUGCAGGAAGCCAAAAUCUCCCAAAAGCUGACCGACAAAUUGAAAGACACAAAAUUCGCAUCGAUGGCACCGUCAGUGAUAUCUAAAUGCUUUGAAAAAGCUAAAAACGCAAAGGACCCGAAGGAAUGUAAAUCUGGAGCCGGUGAAUUUUCGAAGUGCGUGAAUAGAGAAUUGUUCAUGAACUGUCCGACGGAGAGCUGGACCAACAGUGAAGAAUGUCAAAAAAUGAAGGAGAAGCUGACAAAAUGCCCAAAUAUGCCGGUGCCGAUGAGCCCACCGCCUAAACCUUGAAAAAGAGGAAUGGAAAUUUGAGGAGGACGUUGUGAUGAAUUAGGAGCUACUUUUUACAGUCAUAGUUAAUUUUCAAAGGAACUCAUCGUUGAAAAGGUACUGUAAGAGAGGACCUAGGAAGACAAGUAAUCUUACUUUGAACCUCUUCAGAGUGACACACAAGAAAUGCAUCUGCCUAAUUCUUUUCUGUAAGGGCUCAUUUUUUCGAUGAAUCUCAAAGUUUCAAUGGUUUGUAUCUCUUAAAGAAUAAAUGCUGUUAAAAGAA